AUGGUUUCAGUUAACCCAACCAGAUCGGCCGAUACGUCGGUGAAGCUCGAUGGAAUAGCGACGGCUCAGUCCCCGGGCACAGGAAUAAAAUGCACCGCAUGUUCGUCCUGUGAGAACCCAUGUGGCCAGCAGUACUUUAUCCCUCCUCCACCGCCACCACCACCUCCGCCGCCAAAGUAUUUGUGUACUCCAUCAGCGCCGCCGCCGCCGAGGUUUGUUUACGUAACAGGGUCGUCUGAAGCAGAUCACAACUGGGUGUUUUACUCGGGAGCUGGACGGAGUGAUUUAGCAAUGGGGUUGGGUGGUUGGGUUGGAUAUGGUGGACUGCUAGAGCUGAUGAUCAUGGUGUUGUGGUGA